GUGGCGCGGCGCCGGCGGGGGUGGGCGGGCGCGCCGGGCGGCAGGUGUCGGCAGCGUAGGCAUUCGGCGGCGAUGGAGCGGCCCCGGGGAGCUGCUGGCGACCUCUCGCGCUGGCCCCACGGUCUCAGCCUCCUCCUCCUCCUCCAGCUGCUGCCGCCGGCGACCCUCGGCCAGGACCGGCUGGACGCGCCGCCACCGCCUGCUGCGCCGCUGUCGCGCUGGUCCGGCCCCGUCGGGGUGAGCUGGGGGCUGCGCGCGGCCGCGCCCGGGGGCCCGGCUCCCCGCGGCGGCCGUUGGCGCCGCAGCGCGCUCGACGAGGAUGAGGACUGCGGCGGGGUCCGGGACUUCGUCGUCAGGCUAGCGAACAACACGCACCAGCAUGUGUUUGAUGAUCUCAGUGGCUCAGUAUCCUUGUCCUGGGUUGGAGAUACCACUGGGAUCAUUCUCGUCUUGACUACAUUCCAUGUACCACUGGUAAUUAUGACUUUCGGACAGUCCAAGCUAUAUCGAAGUGAGGACUAUGGAAAGAACUUUAAGGAUAUUACAAAUCUCAUCAAUAACACCUUCAUUCGGACUGAAUUUGGCAUGGCUAUUGGUCCUGAGAACUCUGGGAAGGUGAUUUUAACAGCGGAGGUUUCGGGAGGAAGUCAUGGAGGAAGAAUCUUCAGAUCAUCAGAUUUUGCAAAGAACUUUGUUCAGACCAAUCUCCCUUUUCAUCCUCUGACUCAGAUGAUGUAUAGUCCUCAGAAUUCUGAUUAUCUUUUAGCUCUCAGCACUGAAAAUGGCCUGUGGGUGUCCAAGAAUUUUGGGGGAAAAUGGGAAGAAAUCCACAAAGCAGUAUGUUUGGCCAAAUGGGGAUCAGAAAACACCAUCUUCUUUACCACCUAUGUGAAUGGCUCCUGCAAAGCUGACCUUGGGGCACUGGAAUUACGGAGAACUUCAGACUUGGGAAGAAGCUUCAAAACCAUUGGUGUGAAAAUCUACUCAUUUGGUCUUGGGGGACGUUUCCUUUUUGCCUCUGUGAUGGCUGAUAAGGAUACAACAAGAAGGAUUCAUGUGUCAACAGAUCGAGGGGACACAUGGAGCAUGGCCCAGCUCCCCUCUGUGGGGCAGGAACAAUUCUAUUCUAUUCUAGCAGCUAAUGAUGACAUGGUGUUCAUGCAUGUAGACGAGCCUGGAGAUACCGGAUUUGGCACUAUAUUUACCUCGGACGAUCGAGGCAUUGUCUAUUCCAAGUCCUUGGACCGACAUCUCUACACAACCACAGGUGGCGAGACAGACUUUACCAACGUGACCUCCCUCCGUGGGGUCUACAUGACAAGUGUGCUCUCAGAAGAUAAUUCUAUCCAGACUAUGAUCACUUUUGACCAAGGAGGAAGGUGGAAGCACCUGAGGAAGCCUGAGAACAGUGAAUGCGAUGCUACUGCAAAAAAUAAGAAUGAGUGCAGCCUUCAUAUUCACGCUUCCUACAGCAUCUCCCAGAAACUAAACGUUCCAAUGGCCCCACUCUCAGAGCCUAAUGCUGUUGGCAUAGUCAUCGCCCACGGUAGCGUGGGGGAUGCCAUCUCAGUGAUGAUCCCAGAUGUGUACAUCUCAGAUGAUGGGGGUUACUCCUGGCUGAAGAUGCUGGAAGGACCUCACUAUUACACCAUCCUGGAUUCCGGAGGCAUCAUUGUAGCCAUCGAGCACAGCAGCCGUCCUAUCAAUGUGAUUAAGUUCUCCACAGAUGAGGGUCAGUGCUGGCAAACCUACAUAUUUACCAGGGAGCCUAUCUACUUUACUGGCCUGGCUUCAGAACCCGGAGCUAGGUCCAUGAACAUAAGCAUCUGGGGUUUCACAGAAUCUUUCCUGACUCGCCAGUGGGUCUCCUACACCAUCGAUUUUAAAGAUAUCCUUGAAAGGAACUGUGAAGAGAAGGACUAUACCGUAUGGCUGGCUCACUCCACAGGCCCUGGAGAUUAUGGAGAUGGCUGCAUUUUAGGCUAUAAAGAACAAUACCUACGACUACGCAAGUCAUCCGUCUGUCAGAAUGGUCGGGACUAUGUUGUGACCAAGCAGCCGUCCGUCUGUCCCUGCUCCCUGGAGGACUUCCUCUGUGAUUUUGGCUACUUCCGUCCAGAAAAUGACUCCAAGUGUGUGGAACAGCCAGAACUGAAGGGCCACGACCUAGAGUUUUGUUUGUACGGGAGAGAAGAGCACCUGACGACCAAUGGGUACCGGAAAAUUCCAGGAGACAGAUGCCAGGGCGGAGUGAAUCCUGUUCGAGAAGUGAAAGACUUGAAAAAGAAGUGCACAAGCAACUUUCUGAGUCCAGAAAAGCAGGACUCCCGCCCACAGGGACACAACUUGUCCCAGAAUCCAGCUCCGCCUCCUCUUGGAUACAUUGAAAACACACACUCCCUAUCUCCCACCCAAAAGCAGAAUUCCAAGUCAAAUUCUGUUCCGAUUAUCCUGGCUACUGUGGGAUUGAUGCUGGUCACAGUCAUAGCAGGAGUGCUGAUCGUGAAGAAAUACGUCUGUGGGGGAAGGUUCCUGGUGCAUCGAUACUCUGUGCUCCAGCAACAUGCGGAGGCCAAUGGUGUGGAUGGUGUGGAUGCUUUGGACACAACCUCCCACGCUCAUAAAAGUGGUUAUCAUGAUGACUCAGAUGAGGACCUCCUGGAAUAGCUCCUCAAAGGAGCUGGGACUGAGCACAGAUGAUGGAACCGCAGUACCUCUUACACUCCCUGUGGCUCCGACUUGGGGAAAUAAAUUUCCCGUUGCGAGGGACCCUAUUUCUGCUGCUUCCAUCAAAGCCAAAAGGACCUACACUAAAGAAAUGGGGGGGUGGGGACCCUAAACACUCUCACAAUUGGCCCUGAAAAGAGAGGGAAAUUUUUUAAUUCUUUAACUUUUCAUUUCAAGUUCUGUCUUUUUGCAAGGUACGGGCCCUUUUCGGUUUUGUUUUGGUUUUUUUAAGGGAAAUGAAAUGGAAUUGAAGGGAACUUUUCACUAACCCCACUGUUGCAUGUUUUGCAUGGCGCCUGCCCCAGGGCACCUGCUAGCUUCAGCAUCAACUCUCACAAAGCACUUGGUGCCGUCCCUGGGCUGUGCUGGCAACACGAAGCAGCCGCAGAGAUGAGCACAGAGGCUGCGAUGACUGGCACAGCCUGGGCAGCCUUUCUCCAUCUGGGGACGGCCCCGCUCCAAGAACAUUGCACACCAGCUCCUCACACAGAUCCCUGCUUUUUGUUGUUGUUGUUGUUUCAGGGACCAUAGGCCACGGUGAUUUUUCUUUUCCCCUGUUUAAUUAGGCAGUACCCUCAUUAAUUGCCCUUUGGCAACUAACUUACAUGUGCUUCCAAGACACUAAAUCAGGAAAACUUAAAGGGCAAUAUUUUUAACUUGGGGCAGGAAAAAGGGAGCAGCAGAGAAUUGACUAGAUUUAGCACCUAUUAAAGGAGAAACUCUUGCUUCUUCCGAGAUCUUUCAAGCCAUGCUUUGUGUGUGUGCCAGUGGACUUGCUCAAGGUCUGGGUUCAGGCUUGCCUGAGCUGUGUGCCCAGGCUGAGCGAGCUCUUCGCUGGAGUGGCUGGUGGCAUGGGCCGUGCAGCCCCUGAGGAUGGCACGUCACAGUCUUCUGUGUCCCCUCUUGCCUGCUGUGCUGGCUCCUUGGUGAAUCAUUAGAAUGGCUGCUUAUUUGCUUCCUCUUAGGUUGCUGCUCUGCAUGGAGCCAUGACUAGACAUGUUUUCAGAUUUAGGCUUUUUUAAAACAGAAUUUUAUUACCAGACUCUCCUCCUUUGCCCUUUUCCCCAGCUCUGCCAAGUAAUUUGUUGGCAUGAAACUUUUGGCUGAACCAACUGAAAAACACACUUCUAGUGUAGAUGAUGUUUCGUGUGAUACGUUAAGUUCGUAUUUUAAAUUUUUAAAAAUUUUCCUUUUGACAUUUUAAAAAAUGAAAUAAAUUAGAAAAUGUAGCAAGAUGGAUUUUGGGGUGGCCAUAUAGUGACGGAAAGCUGCAAUCGUUAGUUUUAGUACAGCUUGACUAUUUGCAAUACAGGAAUAUAGUAGUAUGUUUUCAGUCUUAGCAUACCUACUGUGCCGGUCACAGUUUCUCCCAAUAAUUAUGACUGGGACAUUCUUUGGUAAACUGCCGUUUUGCUGCUAGUUCACUUUAUGGCUAGAAAGUCAGGAAGAAGUAAAUGUGCCAAAUUAACUGUUGUCAGAAUGCGUGAGCAGAUGGCUGAGUUCUCUCCUCACCAGAAUGGAUUCACAGCCGCAGGGAAAGUGGGGGAGGGACUGGAUGGAGAAUUCUAGAGACUUUGAAACUGCAGUAAACUUAAAUGAGUCAGGGAGCUAUAAAGUUAGGGCAGUUUUUGUGAAGAGAGUUAAUACUUGUUAGAGCCAGAGACCACUAGUCUUUUAGGAAAAGCUCUUUCCUUUUACAAGGUUUUUAAAUUAAAAGUAAUUCCAAAGAUAUACCAGCUCACAAAUGAUUAAGUAUCGGCUUUUGUCCCGGUCGCCCUCAUCUCCUGCCCAAAAUGAAUUUGAUGUCCAGAAAAGACCUACUUACAUCAUACACCUCUUCUCCCCACAUAUACCCACUGGGGUAGGUGUGCCGAUAUAUGGUAAUUCUCUGAUUAGUUUUAAGAUGUAGGAAAGUUAAUAUUCUUCUCUAACCGUAUAAGAUUAGGGCUCUUUGCCUAUAAUGAUAUUUCUGUAGGACUUGGCAGUUUUCACAGCACUUUUUCUCUUGCAUUAUGUAAUUUGAACCUUACAACAUUCUCGUGAGAUUAAAAAAAAAGGGGGGAGUUGUAAUCCCCAUUAGAGAUGGAGCUGAGGUACAAAAAUGGAGCAAGUCGCCAGGGUCCCUGUGUGUUACGAGCACCGCCAGUGGUCGUCUUCAGAUCUUGUGUACGUUUUGAUGCGCGCCAGUGCUGAGCCCCUGGAGCAGGGCUGC